AUGGAGGGAGAAAUAUGGAAUUUCAUGGCAGAUUGGACCAUUGCUUUGGCAUCUCUUCUCUAUUCUCAUGGUGUUGGCUUCUUGAUUCCACAAGGUACAACCAGAUUCUUAGCUCUAUUUCCAAUUAUACCCCUCUUCUUCUACCUUCCAUUAAACCUAACCACCAUGUUUCUCUGUGGUCUGACUUCCUUCUUCAUCUCAUGGCUUGCAACCUUCAAACUCAUCCUCUUUGCCUUUGGCCAUGGCCCUUUGGCUUCAAACCCAUCUCUCCCUUUCUCUCAUUUCAUCCCAAUUGCUUGUUUUCCCAUCAAAAUCUUGAACCCUAAUUCAAGAAUUCAAGAAAACCCUAAAACCGCCCGCGAAACGGCUAAGGAUUAUGGAACUAGGGUUUUGUUCUUCUGUAUCGCGAUCAAGAUCUUUGGUUAUAAAGACUAUGUACACCCUUUUCUAGUGACUUUGAUCUAUGCAUACUUUGUAUUCUUCAUGCUCGAGUUAGGGCUGGCGUUGGUUGCUUUUGUGGCUCGAGCUGUGACCGGAGUCCAGCUCGAGCCACAGUUCAAUCAGCCCCAGAACGCUAGUUCUGUGCAGGAUUUCUGGGGCAAGAGAUGGAACCUUAUGGUGUCUAGUAUUCUACGCUCGAUUGUCUACCUUCCUGCACGGAAAGUCUUUGGGCACGUGAUCCCACAAAAAUGGGUGUCGGUGCCUGCGGUUUUCGUGACGUUUUUGCUGUCGGGAAUAAUGCACGAGCUCAUAUUUUACUAUCUUGGACGACUUAAGCCGACGUGGGAAGUCACAUGUUUCUUUGUAAUCCAUGGGGUAUGUGUCGGAUCUGAGAUCGUGAUCAAGAAAACCUUUGUCCAGAGGAUCAAGCCGCCAACGAUGGUCGCUCGAAUCCUGACUCUCGGAUUCGUAACCGUCACUUGUUUUUGGCUAUUUUUUCCGCCUUUUUUGCGAUUUAAUCCAUUUAUUAGAGGAUGUAGGGAAGUUAUGGCGGUUUUAGAGUUCCUGAAACAUGGUGUUAUGGUUAGCCCUAGCGACAUUGAGUGUCCAUACAACUAG